AUGUUCAGAUAUAUUCCUCUGAGGCACAUAGUAAGGCACUAUGGUGCUGUUUCUGGAGCAUCUCAAAAAUUGGCUCAAAAGCGAUGGACAAAAGUACCAUCACCUAAAGAAUUGAAGGGUUUUUUGGAUGAAUAUAUUAUCGGACAAGAGACUGGUAAGAAAGUGCUAAGUGUUGCAGUUUAUAACCAUUAUUUGAGGAUUAAUGAUAAGCAAAGAAAACUUGAGUUGAAGAGAGAAAAGGAGAUCAUACGGGAAGGACUUGCAAGAGAAAAAAAGCUAAGAGAAUUAGAAGAAGGAAAAGACGAACCAGACAAGUUUUCUGCCGAAGCAGAUACCGACCAGAGCGAACCUAUCUUUAAUGGAAGUAGUGAAGCAAAAGCUGGAUUGAGGAACUUACAGAGACAAUUGAAUAUUAGCUUCAAUGAAGAGGCUGAUAAUACGGCAUUGGAUGCCAAAGAUGAUGAUUUAGAACUAAGUAAAAGUAAUGUUCUAGUUGUAGGACCCUCUGGUUCGGGGAAGACUUUGCUGGCAAGUACAUUGGCGAGAAUACUUGACGUUCCAAUAGCAAUUACUGAUUGCACACAGUUGACUCAAGCUGGGUAUAUUGGUGAAGAUGUCGAAGUGUGCAUUGAAAGAUUACUUGUAAACGCAGACUUUGAUGUCGCUAAGGCUGAAAGAGGAAUUAUUGUUUUGGAUGAAAUUGACAAACUUGCUAAACCUUCUGCAAGUAUUGGUACUAAGGAUGUUUCCGGUGAAGGUGUUCAACAAUCAUUACUAAAGAUAAUUGAAGGACAUAAAGUUGAAAUUACUACAGAGAGGCCACUUAAAAAGGGAUCCGAUGAUAGAGGAAACCAGAAAACGCCGAAGAAAAGUGAGACAUUUGUUAUCGAUACUUCGAAUAUCUUGUUCAUGAUCAUGGGUGCGUUUGUUGGCUUAGAUAAACAUAUAGUUAAAAGAAUAAACAGGAUGAAAAAUAUUGAUACUGAAAUCUCAAAGGAAAACGAAAACCAAAAAGCGAGAUUUAGUAAUACCAUAGAAGAAGUAGAAUUGGGUAAUGGAAAGAAAGUACCAGCAUUAAAUCUAACCACUCCUUCAGAUUUGGUUAGUUUCGGUUUAAUCCCAGAAUUGAUAGGUAGAGUGCCUAUUGUUACCGCGUUGCAACCUUUACAAAGAGAUGAUUUGUUUCAUAUUUUGAAAGAACCAAAGAAUGCAUUGUUAGAUCAAUAUGAAUAUAUCUUUAACCAAUUUGGUGUUAGAUUGUGUGUAACUGAUAAAGCGUUGCAGAAAAUUGCUCAAUUCGCUUUAAGAGAAGGGACAGGUGCAAGAGGUUUAAGAGGCAUCAUGGAAAGAAUUUUAUUAAAUGUUAAUUACGAAUGUCCUGAAUCCGGUAUUUCUUAUGUUCUUGUGAAUGAAAAGACGGUGGAUUCUUUACAACAAACAGAAUACUCCUUAGCGACUCACGUCGAUGCAAAAUAUUAUUCUAGAGGACAGAGAGAUGAUUUGAUUCGUGAUGUUUAUGAAGAGGACAAGAAUUUGGGAAGUGUACUAGAUGAGGAGUUUGGUAGGACACCUACUUUAAAGAAGAAGUGA